UUUUUGGUUUUGAAGGAGAAUGGGUAGUUGGGAUCCAGAGAAAGGGAGUAAAGGUAAGAAGAAGAAAACUGAUAGCAGUUACGAAUGUGAAAAGCCAUGGAUUCCAUGGCUUCUUCCGACGAUUGUGUUGGCUAAUAUUAUUAUUUUUGUUUUGAUGAUGUAUACCAAUAAUUGUCCUAAGAACAAUAAGGGAUCCAAAGGAAAGUGUGUGGCUAGGUAUCUUGGCAGGUUUUCUUUUCAGCCUACCAAAGAAAAUCCUCUCUUUGGUCCUUCGUCUAAUACAAUGGAUAAGUGGGGAGCACUACAGUGGAGCAAGGUAGUACAUGGCAAACAAGGAUGGAGGUUCAUCACUUGCCUCUGGCUGCAUGGAGGUCUUAUUCAUCUGUUUGCAAACGUGUUCAGCUUUGUCUUUAUUGGAAUACGCCAUGAACAGCAAUUUGGAUAUGUGCGUGUUGGGGUUAUCUAUCUAUUAUCCGGUUUUGGUGGGGGCAUACUGUCUUCCUUGUUCAUGCAACAUACUACAACUGUGGGUGCCUCUGGUGCUUUAUUUGGCCUUAUUGGGGCAAUGUGUUCAGAGUUUCUAACUAACUGGACCAUCUACACCUACAAGGCAUGUUUGUCAUGGUUGUAUCAUUUGACAAGUUAUUUCCUACUUGUUGCUUGAAAACUGAUCUAUGGGAUUUUUUUUUUAAAUGUAUAACAGGUUACGGCUGUGAUCACAUUCAUAUCCAUCAUUGUCCUUAACUUAGCAGUAGGGGUUCUUCCUCAUAUUGACAACUUUGCAAAUAUAGGAGGCUUCUUCACUGGCUUUCUACUCGGAUUUGUUUUGCUGUUUCGUCCCCAAUCCGGGUGGAUAAAACCCCAGCAUCGUCCUGCUGGUGCUGCUGUAAUACCAAAGUACAAGCCAUACCAAUACGUUUUUUGUGUCAUUGCUGUGCUUUUACUCAUUGUUGGUUUUGGGAUGGGUUUAUUGCUGGUGUUUAAAGGAGCGAAUGGAAACAAGCAUUGCAGCUGGUGCCAUCACCUGACCUGUGCGCCUACAUCAAAAUGGCCUUGUGGAUACUAAUGAAAACAUUACCAGUACUAUCAACACCCUUCACUUACAUCUGCCUUUUUCAUUCAUUCAUUCAUUUUCUUUUUUGUAUUUUAUAUACUUUCAUUUAUUAAUUUCUUCUUAG